AUGUCUCAAGCUUGCUACCAAUCACAGCCGCAAAUGACAUCGGAUACCGAUAUUCAAAUAAUAUCCACAACACCGGUACCAGCACAGCCAACAACAUGGAAAUAUGGAUUGUGUGAAUGUUUUGAUAAUAUGAGCGUCUGCUGCCUGGCUUUUUGUUGUCCAUGCAUAUUAUAUGGCAAAACUAGAUUCAAAGCGGAUGGUGCAGACGAACCUGUUCAGUGUUGUUGUUUCUUUUGCUCAAUGUUAUUUGGUGUCUGGUGCUGUCUUGGGACCAUAAAUCGUAUUCACCUUCGAAGAAAGAAGAAUAUUAAUAUUCACGGAGGAAUUAUUGAUGAUGCAUGUAUUUGGUGGUGUUGUGCUCCAUGUGCAUUGACUCAAGAACAUCGGGAAUUCAAUGAUCCAUAA